CCGGGCGGGGCGGGGCCGCCGCGGGCUCCGCGUGGGCCGCGAGCCGCCGCCGCGAGGGGCGGGGCCCCGCUGUCCCGGGGCGGCGGGGGCUCGGCCCGGCCGGGAGCUGCCGGGCUCGGUCCCGCCUCCCGCCGCGGGCUUCGGCAGCCGCGGCGCCGUCGCCGCGUCCCGCGUCCGGGGAGCCGUGCGGUGGCGCCGCCCCGGGGCGGCGGGCGGGCUGUCCCGCCGCGGCCGCUGAGCUCGGCGGGUGGCGGCCGCCCCGCGGUGCCGCCCCGGCCCGCCGCCAGCCUCGCCCCGGGCGCCCGCCGAGCGCCGGCAGCCCCGCGGCGGUAGCGCCGGGGCGGCAGGAUGAAGGGGCACCCGGACCAGCAGGUGCCGCUCACUUUCCCGCAGCAGCCUCCGGGCCGGGCGGCUCCCGGUGGCGGAGCUCUCAUGGGCGCCAGGAAGAGACCCGGGGCCCCGGGCUUGCCGCCGGCGCGGGACUCGGAAGAGCUCUUCCAGGACUUGAGCCAGCUCCAGGAGACCUGGCUCUCGGAAGCUCAGGUUCCAGACAGUGAUGAGCAAUUUGUGCCUGACUUUCAUUCAGAAAACUUAGCUUUUCACAGUCCUCCUGCUAAGGUUAAAAAGGAGCCACCGAGUCCCUCCUCGGACCCCACACUCUCCUGCAACCAUAAGCAGCCAUUCCAGUACCACAAUGGCGAGCAGUGCCUUUAUGCCAGUGCCUAUGAUCAACCCAGACAAGCUGGAAUCAAGUCCCCCAACCCAGGACCCCCGAUACAGUCACCGCUCCAACAGUUCCCUAGACAGGACAGGAGCUUCCUGACCCCUGCGGGGCCACCCCACCCUACAUCCAGCUGCGGAUACCUCAACAAAAACAGCUCUGCGUAUCAGCCACCUGUGGAGAUGUGCCGUUCCUUCCCUUCCUCCCAGGGAAUGGCCCAGGAAGACCCCAUUGCCUACCAGCGCCAGAUGCCCGAGCCCUGCCUCCAGUACUCGCAUCAGGGCUUCAAACAGGAGUACCAUGACCCACAGUAUGAGCAAGCAAGCGGGGCAGGCAGCAGCCAUCAGUACCCAGCAGCUGUGGUGAUCAAGCAGGAGCAGGUGGACCACGUGUUUGACUCAGAUGUUCCUGGCUGUCCUUCCAUGUACAUAAAUGUUGAGAGUUAUCCAAGUCAUUCAAACACAGAAGACAUAUUAGGCUGCAGCUACGACAAGCAGACGAGGACCUUUACUGAUGAUGUCUGUGUUGUUCCAGAAAAAUUUGAAGCAGGAGACAUCAAGCAGGAAGCCGGAGGAUACCGGGAAGGACCUCAAUACCAGAGACGGGGAUCUCUCCAGCUCUGGCAAUUUCUUGUGGCUUUAUUGGACGAUCCGACCAAUUCCCACUUCAUUGCCUGGACUGGUAGAGGGAUGGAGUUCAAGCUCAUUGAGCCAGAAGAGGUAGCCAGGCUGUGGGGUAUCCAAAAGAACCGUCCAGCCAUGAACUAUGACAAGCUGAGCCGAUCCCUUCGCUACUAUUAUGAGAAAGGCAUCAUGCAGAAGGUGGCUGGAGAGCGCUACGUCUACAAGUUUGUGUGUGAGCCUGAAGCCUUGUUCUCUCUGGCCUUCCCUGAUAAUCAGCGGCCAACUCUGAAGGCAGAGUUUGACCGGCAGAUCAGCGAGGAGGACACAGUGCCUCUUUCUCACCUGGAUGAGAAUGCCACUUACCUGCCAGACCUGGGGAGCCUCCCUCCACAGCUUUACAGCAAAGGCUACACAUACUAGCAUUGCUGGGAGCACCCUGUGCCUCCUUUGCUUGUGUAUAUAAGGAGAUGUGUGGUUAGUAUUCAAUCAGUAUAAGCAUUUUGCUAGGCCAGCCUAGGGCAGCACUAAACUAUGAAUACCUGCUUUGGUCAGGAAAAGUGUUCAGGUACACACGUGGAUAAUCACCUGACAGUUGACAGGGCUCUUGUGUGCUCAUAAGACCCUCAUAUUUGUGAGGAUGGCACUCGUUCUCAGCGAUGCAGACAUCUGAGCAGCGGAGCUGCAGCUUCAGCAGCAUAUCGGGUAAUGGCUGCCUCCAGCUGGAACAGACGAGCCUGUUGCUGUCCCUUCCUUUGGUGAGGGAGGAGAUGCCAUCCUACCGGGCUCUUUUUCAGAUGUGAGGAUGCUACAAUGCUGCUGCUGACUCCAUUCCUUCAGUACAUGUACUUGAACCUCUGUGUAACCUGCCCUCAGCAAGGGAUGGCUCCGACCCACAUGGACUCACCUCUGCAAGGCCAAUUUGGCCUUCUUCCCAGGAUGGCUGCAACACGGUGGUCACACACCUUGCCUGAGCGGCUUUGUGGGGAUGGGGAAUACUUGUUGUCUUGUAUGCGCAUGCUCCUGCCUUAUCGCCUCCUUGCUCAUAACACUUCAUGCCAGGACUAUCUGCUAUUUAGGCACUCUCUCUGAGCAGGGUAGCUGGAGGCACUGGCCAGGAUUAGAGCAGUCCUGGAAUGCAUGGCAAUACUUAAAAUUUAGGGGAACUACAGAGCUGUCUGACUGCAUUGGUUUGGGACACAGGUGAAAGCCAACGUCUCCUUCAGGUAGAGGGACUGCAGGAGUCAGCAAGGCCUGAGCCACCAGUCCAUUGUAGCGUUGUGGCUUUUCCAAACUGAACAACUUCAUCAACAACCAUCCUCAGGAUCUUUGAAGACCUGUCAGGCUCUUGAGUGUGCCCAUCUGGGCUUGGCUAGAAAAUCGUCUGAGGCAAGAAAAGAACCUGGUGGAGGCGUGUUAAGAAAAUGCUUUACAAAGUAACCUACACCAUACAUAGUUCUUAAUAUCUGAAUUUACACUUAACCUUCACAGAUGUUUGCAUGUUUGAAGGAAAUCCUGAUGUUUUAUAAAGGCAGCUAUCUCUGAAGCCCAGUGCAGCACAUGCAACACAACUAACUUUGACUGGUUUUCCACAACAGUGAACAUUUAUAGUGGGCACCACAUCCUCACUGAGAGGUGCCUCACUUUUUAGCUAGCAGCUCUGACAUGUGCCCAGUUAGAUAGGGACAGUACAGUGUACCCAUACAGAAAAAGCCUGUUUCCUAUUGCUUCACAUUGAUGUUCCAGCUGCUGAAUACAGAGAAUCACCAAUGCUGCCAAUGUGGUAGCCUGUAGAGGGAACUCUGUAUGUUGCCCGAAAGCCUAAUUUCCCCCAAUGACUCUCCCCUGCAUGGCUAAUGCCAACGCUCCCAGCCUUGUCCCUGGGCACGAGGGCCACGAAAGGCAGCUCUCCCUGCCUGAGGAGAGGCCAGGUACUCAGAGCAGCCUGCUCUGCUGAUGCCUCUGCACGCCCUGUGGUCCAGAGACUUGGUGUUCUGGCAGCUCCUGGCCCUCCUGCCUUGCCCUGCUCCCAUCUGGCAAGCACACUUCCUCUGGCGUCCCAGAAGUGAGGGUGAAGGGGAACCCUUCCAUUGGUAUAAGCUGCCUUUACUAUUUAUGAGUGUAAAAAUACUAUAAUUAAUAAAUUGGUCUAUGUCUUUGGCCAGUGCACCUUCA